AUGCCUCACUUAAAUAAAGUUCAUAAAAGUUGUAAAAAUGCGCAUCUUGCAAAAAUAUCUAAAUUUAAUAAACCAUCAAUCUUAGUUAAAACUCUAACUAAUCAACAACAAAUACCAACUUUUCAAUUAAUUCCAACUGAAAGUAAUUCAUUUAAUCUAUUAGAAAUUGAAGAAAUGGUUAAUCAACAACAAAUUUCAACCUCUCAA